UUCAGUUUAACAUUUUUUAUACAUUUGCACAAAUUUUGUGUUUGCUUUCUCAUUAUGGGGUAUUGGGUGUAGCUUGAUUAGGGUAAAAAAAAAAUAUUACAUCAAUUUUAUAAGAAGGCUGUAACGUAACAAUAUGUGGAAAAAGUCAGUGUAUAGGGAUAUCACAAAAAUAUAUAUAUAUAUAUAUAUAUACAACUGAGAUAUAAGGAAAAACAUACCAGAUCCUUAUUAGAUUAAAAAUAAAAAUUCAUGAUUCUUUUCGAUAUGGGUUUCCACAGACAAGGAGUAUGCUGAGUCUUUCUUUUGGACCAGGAGGUAAGUUUGAAGGUGUUUUUGUCUGCUGGAGCGACCUGCACAUUAUGAGUAUUCUCCCAAAAAGUCAGGCCAGAUCAGUGUUUGUGAAGGGAAUGGAAUAAAGGAAAGGAAGACAUUGAAGACUAUUUGGGCAUACUGAAAUGUAGAUGUGGGAGAGUCUGUUUGGGAAUACCUUAUAUGGGCUCCCCUAUUUGAUGUUUUCACCACACCUUUGGUUUGACCUUUGACACCUCUGACUCAUCCCACAUGACCCCUGACCUUGUCCUCUGACUUGCAAUUUAUGACCCUCCCACUGACCCUCUUGUAAAUGGGGGGAGAGGAGUAGGUGGACUGCGUCUGUGUGUGUAUCACGUCUACUCCCCUCCGGUGAUCGACGUCGCCGGUAUACAAACCACCGGUCCUGGGAUUCAUCAUUACGCACACCUGACCUCAAUCAUUACACGCACCUGCACGUCAUCAUGAUACUCACCUGGACUGCAUCACAUUCCUGAUUACCUCCCCUAUAUCUCAAUCCCUUUUGUUUUUUUCCGCAGUCAGUAUUGUUUCUGUGUUUAUGCUUAGACGCUACUGUUAUGUUGUCUCGGUUUGUUGUUUUAUUAAACGUUUCCCCUGCACCUGCUUCUCGACUCUCAGCAUCUCCGUUACAGAAUACUGACUCAACAUAAGCAGCAGGAAAACAGAAAAUCUCCCAGACUGUCGACGAGCAGGGAAACCUAAGUCAACACCAUGACCAGCUAGUACAACUGGGGACGGCUAUGGAAGAGGUUCUUCGCAGUGUGCAACAUCGCAAAGAACACACUGGGUCGACUGAUUGUAGUGUCAGCACAACGGCCCAUUCAGCAACCCGCUCAGGUCAGCGACGCCUGCUUGUUCAUCCGGGAUAAAUAUGAUGGCACCCCAUCUAAAUGCUGGGGCUUUCCACUUCAGUGCUCCCUUACGCACAAGAUGGGAGCUCCCACUACCGAGAGGUCCAAGGUUGCCACAGUUAUUUCUCUGCUGACUGGGCGGGCGUUGAAAUGAGUUUGACAAAGAAAGAGCGUGAUGGAGUGCUGCGUCAGAUGACCUGGCCUCCACAAUCACCCGACCUCAACCCAUUUCAGAUGGUUUGGGAUGAGUUGGAUCACAGAGUGAAGGAAAAGCAGCCAACAAGUGCUCAGCAUAUGUGGGAACUCCUUCAAGGCUGUUGAAAAAGCAUUCCUCAUGAAGCUGGUUGAGAGAAUGCCAAGCGUGUGCAAAGCUGGCAUCAAGACAAAGGGUGUCUACUUUGAAGAAUCUAAAAUAUUACAUUUUGAUUUGUUUCACUUUUUUGGUUACUGUAUGAUUCCAUAUGUGUUAUUUCAUAGUUUUGAUGUCUUCACUAUUAUUCUACAAUGUAAAAAAUAAAAACCAUUGAAUGAGUAGGUGUGUCAACUUUUGACUGGUACAGUCUGUGUGUGCACAUGUUUUAACUCCUUUCUCCUCUACUUCAGGUGUGUUUGAACUGAUGUCCUUGGUGAUCUCUGGGAUGAAAUCUAUAAUGGACAGAAAUGAGGACUUUACAUUUCUUAAAAGCAUGAUCAUGGAAAGGAGAUUACAUCUACUGGUCAAGAUCCAUGCGAGGUUGAGGCGGUUUGGAUCAAGGAAUCCUGUCCCGGUCCGGGAUAAUGCAAAGAGUCUGGCCUGUAACUUGGCUGAGGAGCUGUGGACUCAAGUGGCUAGUGCUGAAUGUUCAGAGUUGAUCAGCCUGCUCUCCAACCCGCACAUCAAGGGCCUUCUCUCUGUUCACGACAUAGUAGCACAGAAAGGUUAUGACCCCGAGCUGCCACCCCUACCUGAUAACAUCGAAGAAGAGGAUGAGGACUCUGUGAAGAUUAUAAGCCUGUUCAGAAGCCAGGAGCCACUGGGGGCCACCAUAAAGAGAGAUGAAUCCACUGGAGCUAUAGUUGUAGCAAGGAUCAUGAGAGGGGGUGCUGCAGACAGAAGUGGUCUGAUUCAUGAGGGCGAUGAGCUAAGGGAAGUCAAUGGAGUCCAAAUGGAGGAUAAGACACCGGAGGAAAUCAUUCCUAUUAUGGCUCAAUCGCAGGGAGAGGUGACGUUUAAAGUGAUACCGGUACCUGGCAUCAAGGAAGAGCUGUCAGCCAAUGAGACUAUGUUAUUUGUACGGUCGCUCUUUGACUACAAUCCCGAGGAGGACCCUGCCAUCCCCUGCAGACAGGCAGGGCUGGGCUUCAAGAGGGGGGACAUCCUUCAGAUCGUUAACCAGGAGGACGACACCUGGUGGCAAGCCUGUCGUCAUGGUGACAGCAACUCCCGAGCAGGACUCAUCCCCUCCAGGCAACUUCAGGAGAGGAGAGUCGCUCUCCAGCGGCCCAAAGCCUUAUUUAAACCUCAGAGAGUCCCAAACAAAGUGGCAGUGGUGGAGGAUGCAGACUAUGGCGCUAUUACUGGAAUCCACAUCGCUGGUCUGAGAAGGAGUUUCCGGCUGGGCAGGAGGGGCGGUAGGAGUGGGAGUGUUGAGUCUAAAAGGAAGAUCCAGGAGAUGGGAGGAGCCACACAGACACCCACCUACCUGGAGGUGGCACCGUACUGCAGGGACCACAAAGAGGGACGUCGGCUGGUCCUGCUAGUUGGUCCCAGUGGAGUUGGGCUGAGUGAGAUGAAGAGGAGACUCCUGCUUUCUGACCCUGACCACUAUGGUGUCACUGUUCCACACACCACCAGAGAGAAGAGGAAGCAGGAGAAAGAUGGGGUAGAGUACCACUUUGUCUCAAGGCAGACGUUUGAAAUGGACAUCGUCAAUCACAAGUUUUUAGAGUAUGGGGAGCACAGAGGGAACUACUACGGCACCAGUCUGGAGUCGGUGCACAAGGUCAUAGGGGAGGACAAGGUGUGCCUACUGGAUGUGCAGCCUAAUACUGUACAGCGCUUACACACAACAGAGUUCAAACCAUGUGUUGUUUUUGUGAAGCCACCAUCGAUUCAGGAGCUACGUUUUAGCCGGAGGAAAGCUACAUUAAUUUCCACCCAAGAUAUGACGAAACUGACAAAGACAUUUUCGGAAGAGGACUUUGAAGAUAUGAUUACCUCAGCAGAAGCCAUGGAUAGCCAGUACGGCCACCUGUUUGAGAUGGUCAUCGUCAAUGGCGAUUUCGCCAUGGCAUUCAACAAACUGAGGGCGGAGCUGGAAAAGCUUGAGACUGAGGCGCCUCAGUGGAUUCCUGUGGAGUGGACCAGUCACACCAAACAGAACACAGAGAGCGUGUGCUGAACACACUAGGAGGCUGGUUAUGCAUGUCUCAUUCACACUCACAGGAGGCUGCUGAGGGGAGGAUGGCUCAUAAUAAUGGCUGGAAUGGAAUUAAUGGAAUGAUAUCAAAUACAUGGAAACCAUGUGUUUGAUGUGUUCGAUACCAUUCCAUUUAUUCCUGUGUUCACACUAUAGUGUCAAACCGUACUGUGUGGGGUCAGAUAUUUUGUUUUCACAUUUUCCUUUACAGCACAGUUCCAGCCACUUUGAUGGAUGCAUAACCAGGCCAACCUAGUAUAGCUAGGCUUGGCCCUAUAGUGUAAUUCAGGCAACAGCGACUGAAGAAAUGUAGGGAGAGAGAAUUGCACAUCCAUUUUUUCCUCCAUAAGUUCCACGCAUCUUUUGACGCAAAUUUAAAAAAAAAAACUGAUAGAUUACACAUGGCCGUCAACUGUUUUUAGAUAAAUUUGAGAGUGGUUACAUUUCUCAAGUCCCAUCCCUUACCUGUGGGAUGACCACUUCGUUGUUGUUUGAAUCCUAGAUUUGAAUCCUCUUUUAAACUGGAAAAGGACUCUUCUGCCAAAACAGAGGAAAUGUCAAGGAACAUGGUCACACCCCUAAAGGAAUACAGAAGUGUAAGGGGAACCACUCAAGGCAGAGAAAAUAAUGUACAAACUUUGACUAAAUCUAAAAUACAAUAAUCAUUAUUUAUAUGUGUAAUAUGUAGACAGAGUCUAGACAGCCUUCAUGAGAAAUAACUAGUCCCAACUUCAAGUUAGUCACAGAGCACGGCUCUUAAAGAACUAUAGGAAUCCAAGUCCCUACGCCUCCUGUCUGACCAUAGUACUUACAUGUCCAAAACAGUGUUAUUGGUCCCUGCCGCCUACGUGCCAGCUUUUCUUUUCUUCAAGUUUGCAUUUCUACAUUGGCAAUUAGGGUCGAAACAUAAAAAACCUCCAAAAGCGUGUGGUCACACAGACCUUCCCCCUGCCAAGUUACAAACAAGAGCAUGUAAUUACUUUGACAGCUGCAUUACCUCAAUUAACGGUAAUGUAUCCCAGAGCAAAUAUUACCCAGCCCAAACACUCACCAACACUAACAACAUGUUGCAUAUAGAACAAGGAAACAGUGCUCACAAGCAUAGUCAACACUUAACAAAAUAUAUGAAAAAAGUGUUGGUGAAACUAAACGAAUUGAAGAUAUUUUGACAGGGAAAGGUUAACAAGGGAACAUGAAGCAGAUUUUUUUUUUGUACAGACAUUGUGGGAGGAGUGGUUGAAUGUGAAAGGAUUACGUUGUAAGAUAACUCAUUCGAAUUGGUUUCUAUUCAUGUGUAAAGUUAAUAAGUAUGAUUUCAAAGUUGUAAAGUGUGCACUUGUCAACAGUUCAUAAUUACAGACAAUGUCAGAAAAUUGUCAUAAGUGACAUCAUUGACAAACAUUUCCAUUCAACAAUUCCAUAUUUCACUGUUAAUGAGGAGAAUGACAUACAGCACGCAACACUCCCAGUAAAUCUUUAAGUGAUUCUGUUUAAUGGAUGCAUUCCUGUGAGUACAGGGGGAUUUCCUUCCUCUUUUGGAUCAAUUGGGUGUGAAAGAGUGUAAAUGUGUCCAUCAUGUCUUAAAGACUAAACCACCGUUAUGUGU